AUGCCAGCGGAGAACAUCCAGGAGUAUUUGGAUUCUCUUUCCAAAAUCUAUGGCCCGUGUUUCACCAUCUGGACACCGCGUCCGUGCGUCGUUCUGGCCGACUACGAUCACGUGAAAGACGCCUUCGUAACGCAGAGUAUCAUCAAUCCUCGCGCCGUUCGUCUAAUCCUUUUCACAUUCAGGCGAUGCAUUCAUUUCCCGCGCCCACAGACCUCCGGAAACCCUUUUGCAGCCGAUCGACAACACUGGAAUACUAUCUGCAAGUGGGGAAGUUUGGAGACUUCAGAGGAGAACAUCGCUCAAGAUUCUGAGAGAUUUCGGAUUGGGAAGGAAUCUGAUGGAGGAGCAGGUGGUACGAUCAGUUCAUGAAAUGCUCGCACAGAUGAAAACGAUCAAGGACAAGCAGAAUGCCGACGUCUUCUGGCCGAUCCAACUUUGUGUGGGAAAUGUGAUCAAUGAGUCACUGUUUGGGUUCCAUUACAAGUACGAAGAUUCUGAAAAGUUCAAAACAUUUGUGAAGAUUAUUGACAAGCAUCUGAGAAUCAGUUCCGGAAGGCCUGCUCUCCUGAUUGCCACGUUUCCGUGGAUGAGACACUUGCCGAUCAUCGGAGAAUUGGGAUACCACGCAGUAAAACGGAACAUUGUCUCGUAUCAAUCGUUCAUUGAAGAAGAAGUUGUGACUCAGAUGAAGCAGUACGACGGCGAAAGUGAGCCCGAGAACUUUGUGCAUGCGUACAUGCAGCAGAUGAAGAAAACUGGAAACCCUGGACUCGAGUUGGUUGAUUUCUCCCUUCCAAAUUCAUGAAUUCCAUUCCAGCAUGCCUAAUCUAUGUGCCUCCGUUCUCGACUUCUGGCUCGCUGGAAUGGAAACGACGUCAAACUCCCUCCGUUGGCACCUUGCUUACAUGAUGAAAUAUCCAGAAAUGCAAAACAGAGUUCGCAAAGAGAUAAUGGAAAACGUCGGCACUUCCCGCUUGGUCUCAAUGGCCGACAAGGCCAACAUGCCGUACACGCAGGCUGUGAUCCACGAAGUGCAGAGACAUUCCAACAUGAUUCCUUUCCUCGGAACUCACACAUGUAAGCGAACAACUUUUUUGAGACACGGCCAAUCAUAAUUGUUCAGGCCUCGAGGAUACUGUCGUCCAGGGAAAGAAGGUGCCAGCCGGGACCAAUGUGUUCGCCCAAAUCUGGUCUGUGAUGAGGAACGAUCCAGUUUUCGACAGUCCUCUCACUUUCAACCCGGACAGAUAUCUUCUGGCCGACGGGCGAACUUUCGAUAAGGUAAACGAAACGGUUGAAUCGAUCUCAAUCAAAAGGGGUCCUCGUUUCCAGGCUCAACUGGAAAAGACCAUCCCGUUCAGUGUCGGAAAGAGGGCGUGCGUGGGCGAAGGGCUCGCGCGCAUGGAACUCUUCGUCAUCUUUUCAGCUCUCAUUCAGAAUUACGAGUUUGUGGCCACCUCCCCAAUCGAUCUCACUCCAAUGACCGGCACUGUUCUCACCAGCAAGCCUUACACUUGUAAAUUGAUCCCACAGUAUUGA